GACAGGAUAUGAAACGCCAAAGGUGAAAGAGAAGAUAGCAACAUGGCAUACGUGGGAAAUCAGAAUGUGGAGUUUGUUCGGACGGGCUAUGGCAAGAAUGCUGUGAAGGUGAUGUUCAUCAAAAGGCAGGGAAGACACCACUACCUUAUUGAGCUGAAUGCUAACGUUGAAAUCACACUCAAAUCACGCAAGGAUUAUCUGACAGGAGACAACUCAGACAUCAUUCCUACAGACACCAUCAAGAACACUGUCCAUGCCCUGGCCAAAAUCAAAGGGGUAAACACCAUUGAGCAAUUUUCCCUUGAUCUCUGUCAUCAUUUCCUGACCUCUUUCAACCAUGUACUGAGGGCCAAAGUUUACAUGGAGGAGGCACCCUGGAAAAGGCUGAACAAGAACGGUGUAGAACACGCUCACGCAUUUAUCUACAGCCCAGAGGCUUGUCGUUUCUGUGAUGUGGAACAGAACCUCGGCGGCACCCCUGUGGUUCACAGCGGGGUGAAGGACAUGAAGGUGCUAAAAACCACUCAGUCUGGCUUUGAGGGGUUUCUCCGAGAUCGUUUCACAACACUGCAAGAGACCAAGGACAGGGUUUUCUGCACAACUGUUUAUUCCAGGUGGCGCUACAACAAAGUCCAGGAUGUGGACUUCGACGCUGUGGAGGAAAUAGAGAUCGUCAUGCCCAACCAGCAUUACUUCACCAUAGACAUGACAAAAAUGGGUCUAAACAACAAAGAUGAGGUAUUUCUUCCUCUGGACAGUCCUUCUGGUAACAUUACUGGGACAGUGUGCCGCAAACAGAGAGCCAGACUUUAAAAGGAACAGCAACGAUUGAUUACACCAUUGCCAGUUUCAGUAUUAAUCUGUUGAUCCAAAAAAUAAAAACCAAUCUAAGUGAUGAAACCAAUAAAAACCCUAAAGAUGUGAACAAGACUAUUGCCUAUGAAUAUGUAAAACUAAUCAGACAAAAACAGGAGUAGUAAAAACAAUUCAACCAACUUUUAUUGAGAAUCUCUUCCUCUUUGCUACAGUGUUGUAUUUUAAGGUCUAAUGCCCUUUGGGUUGUUCCAAAAUAUCAAACAAUGCAUGUAUACAAAUAUUAGCAUAUCCUGUGAUUGGUACUGACAGAAAAGCACAUAGUUUAUUUUUACCAGGGAACCUACAGUGUCAUUGUUCCCUUUCUCUGAAGGAUUAUGUUAAUGUUUGCCUCAUGACGACCCCGGGGGUCUUUAAUCAUCUGUCAGUGGGUCACAGGCUUCAUUUUUGGUAUAAUCAGGAUUUAAUAACUGCCUCUUAAGAAUAUAAAUCUAAAGCUAUGUUUUAAAAAAUAUUUAGGAACAUCUCUAUUAGUUUCUACCAUCUGUGUGCAGAGGUAUACUUGUCAUUACUUUGCAUUAUUUAGGUUUGCAAAAGCAUUUUUUAAUCACCUUCUAUGAUGUCACACGCCAGCAUCAGAAACAGAAUAAGGUCUGGAAUUAGACUGAGUUGGUAAACGAUCUUGAUUAUUCUCUAUCCAGCUAUUCUGAGUUUUGUAGAUUUCAGUAUCAGUGACGACUGACAACUUUGACAUAUUUCCAGCUGUUAGACAGACUCACACUAUAACAUAAGAAUGCAUUUCUACAUGUAGAGGAAUUGAGCCUAAACCAACCAAUCCUACAAUCUUGCCUAAUUUUGUAAAUUGGUGUUUGCUAAUAUGAUGUGAUAAUGUUAUUUUCUAACAUAGUAAUGUAUAUUGUAGCCAAACUAAUAAUUUAGUAUUUGCUGACAUAAAGUAUUGAGGUUCUUUAGAUGAACCUUCCCACGUCUUA